CAUUGCUGCCAAGGUUCCCGAAAUUAUCACCAGACGGCCGCCGCGCGAGACAGAGAUGUCACUGUACACCCUCCCAAUUCGCCCACCUUACCCAAUCAUCACCUGCCGCGUGUCCCCCUCCCCAUCGCCAACGGUCGCUUCUCCUCCUCCAGCUCCUCCCUCCUUACUCCCGCUAACCACCUCCGCAACCGCCGUCCCCUCCCUAACUUGCGCCUUGCAGUGCCCUCACUUCGAAUCGUGCUCUGGAUGCACGCACGAGUUUAAUCUACACCGUCCUGUCAUCGUAGACGAAGCUUCUAAUUUCUUUAAGAGUCUUGGAGUGUCCGAUUUUACUUUCGAUAGCUGUAGAUUGUGGGGAUGGAGAUGUCGGGCAAAGUUAGCCGUUCGUGGAUUAUCGGAGAACCCUCUGAUUGGACUCUACGAGGAAGGUUCUCAUAACGUUGUGGAUAUUCCUCAGUGCAAAGCUCAUCACCCCAAUAUUAAUGCUGCUGUAGAGCUGCUUAGAAAAGGUAUUAGAGAAUUAAAUAUUGAGCCCUACGAUGAGGAUGAGGGGACUGGAGACUUGCGAUAUGUUCAGAUGGCUGUGACGACUUACAAUACUGCACUUCCGGCUAUUCAAAGAUAUAGAAAUGGUACAGUACAGGUUUCUUUAGUUUGGAAUUCAAGGAAUGAGAAAUCCUCGAAUUCGGACAAAUUAAAUGCCUUGGCUAAUUUUUUGUGGAGAAAUGCUGGGUCAAGGAGUAGCCUCCAUUUGAUUCAUUCUGUGUGGGCUAAUUUUCAGACAUCUACUAAUAAUAUCAUUUUCGGGAAUAGAUGGAGACAUCUUUUGGGCGAAAGGGAUUUCUGGGAACAUGUUGGGGGGAUUGAUAUAUCCUUAGAUCCCUCCAGUUUCGGCCAAGCAAACACACGGGCUUUUGAUAAUUUGCUUCGGAAGUUACACAAAUAUGUGCCUUUUGGAGCGUCUGUGGCUGAUUUGUAUGCAGGAGCUGGUGUGAUUGGAUUAUCAUUAGCUGCUACUAAAAAGUGCAGGUCUGUAAAAUGCAUUGAGAUUAACAAAGAAUCUAGAACAUCAUUUGAGAAGUCAAUUGACCGUUUGCCAAAGUCUAUUGAGGGCAGCAUUAGAUGGCAUAAUGCUGAUACUUCCAUUGAUCCUCUUUCUUGGCUCGUCGGAUCGGAUGUGAUUGUUGUUGAUCCUCCUCGGAAGGGAUUAGACACAUCUUUAAUUGAUGCAUUACGGACUAUAUCAUCACAUAAACUUAAACCAUCUUUGAAAGGUUCAUCUUCAAAUAUAAAAGAAGAAAAGAGACCAUGGGUUUUACGUGAAAUGGAACGUGCAAAAGAAGCUUCGGUUCAAGUUGGAAGAGAAACAAUUUCAGGAGAUCCACAAUCACUUCCAGAAACUCUUAUUUAUAUAAGCUGUGGAUGGGAAAGCUUCAAAGAGGAUUGCAAGGCCUUGUUGACUAAUAAGUCUUGGCGUUUGGAAAAAGCCCAUGGUUUUAGUUUCUUUCCAGGCACUCAGAGCAUUGAGGUGUUGGCUGUGUUCAAAAGGAGCCUCAAGAAAAAGAAAACAGGGAAGAAAAAGAAGAAACAGGGUUGAGGGAACCGUGUGGUGUUGCAUUGCAUUUUGACUCUGAGGGAGAAUGAGAAUUUAACCCAUUUCUUAAAUUAUACUCCACAAGUUCUGCUUUGUGUAGGAAAAAGAAUACCCAUUGUCUGUUAUGAUUAUGUUCGAGGCAUCAUAUUAAUAUAAAAGUUGAGACA